AGCACGAGAGGCUGCUGGAGCUGUUCUGCAAGAAGGAUCAGACGUGCGUGUGCGUGCUGUGCACUGAGACGGACCACAGGGCACACUACACAGUUCCCGUGGAGAGGGAGUGGAUGGAGAAAAAGGCGCUGCUGAAGAGGACAGAAAUAGACGUGCAGCAGAUGAUCCAAGACCGACUGCAGAAAGUGGAGGAGAUCAAACACUCCGUGGAGCUCAACAAAGCCAGCGCCCUGAGAGAGAUCGAGGACAGCAUGCGGGUCUUCUCGGAGCUGGUGCGCUCCAUCCAGAGGACCCAGGCCGAGCUGGUCCUGGCUAUCGAGGAGAAGCAGAGGAAGACGGAGAGGUGGGCCCAGAGUAUCAUGUCUGAAGUGGAGCAAGAAAUCGCCGAGCUGAAGAAGAAGAACGCAGACCUCGAGAAUGUGGCGCGCACAGACCACAUCCACUUCCUGCAGAGUUUCCCAGCCCUAAGCACCCCUCCACCUGUUAAAGAUUGGUCUAGAACCAGCGUUCCCACCAGCAUGUGUGUUGGCAUCUUGAGGAGAGCUGUGUCCACACUGGAAAAGACACUGAAUGAAGAGAUAAAUAAACUGGCAGACAGUGAGAUCAAGAAGAUAGCGAAAUACACAGUCGAUUUGACUCUGGACCCCGACACUGCCAACCCGUGGUUGCAGCUCUCUCAGGACAGACGUCAGGUGAGACACCUGGGGGCAUGGCAGGACCUCCCGGACAACCCCGACCGCUUCGACACGGUGGUCAUCGCCCUGGGCCGCGAGGGCUUCACCUCGGGGAGGCACUACUGGGAGGUACAAGUUGGAGAAAAAGACGACUGGUACAUAGGCAUGGCGAAAUCCUCUGUCAACAGGAAGGGGCGGAUCUCUGUAAGCACCACCCAGGGUUACUGGGCCCUCGCUAUGAAGAAAGGCCAGGAGUACCGGGUGUCCACAUCCCCACCAUUAACGCUGACCCUCAACUCCAACCCCAAACGGGUGGGCAUCUACGUGGACUAUGACGAGGGGCAGUUAUCGUUUUAUGAUGUGAAGGCAAGGACCCACAUUUACACGUUCAAAGAGAGGUUCACAGAGAAGAUCUUACCUUUCUUUUAUCUGUAUUGCUGUGACAAAGCCUCUGAUAUCAUAGUCAUCUCUUCCAUCAACGAGAAGGCCCUGAUCAAUUUCUGCCUGGCCUGUAUAGGAGAGUACUGGAGAAUCCAGGGGUCCUGCCAAUGCCCCCUCUGCAAGGCCUCCUUCCAAACCAGGCCACAACUCCAAAUAGACCAAAGACUACAUGCUGAAGACCCACCUGGCUGUGGGGAUGAUACCAUCCCUUUCAGAGCUGGAGAAGUGCCAUGCGACAUCUGUCUGGCAAAGCAUCGCGCGGUCAAGUCCUGUCUGAUGUGUCUGGCCUCAUAUUGUGAAGCUCACCUGGAGCCCCACUACCGCGAUGAAGGCCUUGAGCACCAUCUCCUUGUCGGUGUGUUUAAGAACCUGGAUGGCACUGUGUGUAGACUGCACGGGAAGCAGGUAGACAGGUUCUGUAAGAGUGACCAAACAUGCAUUUGCAACAUGUGUGCCCAGACAGACCACAGGGGCCAUCGGGUUGUGUCUAUCACCAAGGAAGCUGCGAGGAUGAGGAUGAAAUUAAAACGGAGGAUGACAAAACUCACACAGAAGAUUCAGGAGAGACUUGGGGGAGUUGAAAAUACCAGGCUCUCCUUGAACCUCAAGGAGGGAAGUGAAGGAAAUCGGAGCAGGGUCUGGACAGGAGCUGAUGGGCUGGUCAAAGAGAUGGAGCAGGAAAUCACAGAGCUGCAGAGGACAAACACUGUGCUGGGGCAACUCUACCGCACUGACAAUCCCCUCCACCUCAUUCAGGUUGACAUCACAGGAAACAACAUGGCCUCUUCUUCUGUGCCACCCAACUUACCCAUCGACUUGGAGCAGUAUUUAACCUGCUCUAUCUGCAUGGAUGUGUUCAAUGAGCCGGUCACCACAGCCUGUGGCCACUCCUUCUGCAGGUCCUGCCUCACCCGCAAUAUCAAAUACAACGAUCAGGUGUGCCCGCUCUGCAAGGAAAUCCAGAGGGGAGACCCGAAGGUGAACUUUGUUCUGAAGAGCCUGGUCCAGGAGCUGAAUAGGACACCUGGUCCGCAGCAUGCUAUGUACACAGGGGCACCCGGCGAGGUGGCCUGUGAUGUGUGCCCCGGGAGGAAACUCAAAGCUGAGAAGGCAUGCCUUGUUUGUCUGGUUUCAUACUGCUCGGCCCACCUUAAGGCCCAUUCUUCAACCAGAAGGCUGAAGGGACACAAGCUGGUGGAGCCCACGGAGAACUUGGAUGAGAGGGCCUGCUUGACUCAUGGGCGCCCCCUGGAGUUGUUCAACAGAGAGAGGCAGCGAUGCAUCUGUGCACUCUGUGUGGAAAAGAGCCAGCAAGUUGUGUCUGCCGAGGAGGAGUGGGAUAUGAAGAAGGCUGAGCUUGACAAAGUUAAGGCAGAGCUUCAGCAGGAAAGCAAAAAAAGGGAGAAGAAGGUGGAUGAGAUCAGUGCAUCUCUGAAGGACUGCGAGGACCAGCUGGAUAAUGAGUGGUGGGAGAUCGAGGCUGUGUUUUCAGCUGUGAUUUCUGCCGUGGAGAGAGCUCAGGAGAUCGCCCUUAAGCCUCUGAAGAAGAAGAGACAAGACGUGAAGAAAGAGGCCAAACAUCUCACAGAAGAGCUGCAAAGAGAGAUCGACAAGCUCAAGAAAGCCAUCUCAGAACUGGAUGACAUAGCUUCCCUGGAGGACCAUGUCCUGUUCCUGCAGAGUUACCCAUCUACAACUGAUAUGAAUGCUGGCAAAGACUGUAGUGGGGUAGCUCUUGAUACAUCAUUCGCCUUUGGCACCAUGAGAAACAUCACAAAAAACCUGAUGGAGGAAAUUCAACAGCAUCUGGACAAGCUGACCUACGUUGAACUUCAGAGAGUGCCCAAGUUCUCAGUGGAUGUUGAGCUGGACCCAAACACCGCCCAUGCUUUUCUUAUUCUCUCCGAUGAUGGGAAGGAAGUGAGAGACGGUGGCCAAAAACAGGAGGUACCAGCCACUCCGGAGAGAUUUGAUCUCUUCUGUAGUGUUCUGGGUCUCAACAAACUCAACUCUGGAAGGUCGUACUGGGAGGUGGAGGUUGGCAAGAAGAACGGAUGGGAUCUCGGCGUGGCGAGAUGCGAUGCAAACCGCGAAGGGAAACUCUCCCUGAACCCAGACAACGGUUACUGGGCUGUUGUACAUUAUGACAAAGAACUGUACGCAGCCCUAACAGCUCCACCGACUCAUCUUUCCCUGAAAGUAAAGCCAGAGAAGGUGGGGGUCUUUGUGGACUACAAGGAGGGUCUCGUGUCCUUCUAUGAUGUGACAGCUGGUUGUCAUAUCUAUUCAUUUACUGGGUGUUCAUUCACUGGAGACCUGUACCCAUAUCUCAGCCCACAUCUGAAAGAAGAUGAGAAAAACAAAGAUCCUCUGAUCAUCUCUCCUGUGAAACGCUGUUAAAGGUUUUAUGCCGAUAAUCUCUGGAAUAGUCCCCAGUUUGAACUAACAACUAUUUCAAUAGCAACUGUUAUAAGGGGGGGGGGGUCACACUUUUCAACAUUAUCUGUGACGUAGAGCUAACACUCCAUUAGCAGCUGUAAUACUCAACAGUCUGCUGUGUCUCUGAAUUUUCACCAAUAUUGUGUGCCAACGUGUCUGCCAGUGACGGCUCUGGUGAACAACCCACGUGGAUGAACAGUA